AUGCACAUGCACCUCCGAUUGUAAGUAAACGCAUUUCCGACUGUAGAUUUCAGUUUAAUCCGUUGGUAUCAAAAUUAAAUUGGUACUCUUUCUUGAUAUAAAUGCUUUUUUGUUGGUAUAAACAUCAAAAUAUUGUUCUUUCACAAUAAUAUACAUCAAUUAAUAUUGCUCUUGAUUCAUUUGCAUAUCAAUUUGUAAAUUUACAUAUUAGUUUUGAGCUUUUCCUUGAGCAAAAUAUCAAUUUGCCAACAUACACAUCAGUUUCCAAACAUUAGUGCAGACCAUGAAUAAGCACACAAACAUGAAUGAGCACUGAUGCAGAAGUAAACGCACAUUAAAAGUGGCUUAACAAGUCUUAAACCUGGCUUUAGAAUUGUUUCUUGAGGUGUUCCGAUAUUCUUUGAAGGUAUCAAAGGUUAACAUUUUACGUUUUUCUAAAAUAUCGUACUAAAAUGAGCUCAAAUGGUACUGUCAAGAAGAAAAGAAGUGGCAAAAGUGUACCAGCUAAUGGUCAAAGAGCAAGGUAAAGGUUAAGGCUUAUGAGAACGGUCGUAAUAGUGUCUGGAAAUUUUUUCUGUAUGAACAUAUGUCUUAGAUCAUAAAUAUCAAAAAGCCUACCAUCCAGUUUCAAAUUGUCAUCAUGACAUAACUGACGUUCUUUAUAUUGUCAUCAUAACCUUUAUGAUAAACUUUAUGUUGUCGUAAUACACUUUAUGACUAACCUAUCAUAUAAGCAGAUCGAAACCAUCGGCCCAAAAGCAAAAACCAGAGAACAAAAGCCGGCUGUCGAUAAAAUCGUCCCGCUCCGUCGACGCCAAACGAGAAUCCAUCAGAAGACCAUCAGAAGCGCCUUCAAGCCGACAAACGGGUCGUACCACCGAGUCGAAAGAACCAAAAGUACUAGAUGGACGAGUUCUGGCCAUAUUCAACCGAGUCUUCUCCGGAGAGUUCUACGAGAUACCUUCGCCGUUAUCUAAGUUGGUACGAGUGUUCACAUCAUCUACCUUCACUGAUACCAUGGUAGAAAGGAAUGCCUUGAUGGAAGAGGUGUACCCGGCUUUGAAGAGGUACUGUAGGGAAACACAUGGCCUGGACUUUCAGGUAAGAGGAUAACGUGAUUGAUUACACAAAAGUUGACGCUGAACAAAUUUAAUACAAAGUAGAGGUAUAAAUACAUAAUAUCAUAUAUAAAGCCUACAACUGAUAGUACCAAAAACAUCUAAGCUAAUUAGACUUCAUUUUCAUAUACCAAUUCACAGGUAGUAGACAUGAGGUGGGGAGUACGAGACGAAGCUACGGACGAUCACAUGACCACUAACUUAUGUAUCAACGAGAUUCACAACUGUCAACGUUUGUCCAUGGGGCCAAAUUUCGUCGUAUUCUUGUGCCAAAAGUACGGUUAUCGACCUAUUCCCUCACAAAUUUUGGCUAGCGAGUUGGAUCUACUAAAACAAGUUCUGAAAGAUAAUCACGAGGAUGUAUCAGUACUCGACCUUUGGUACGUUCAAGACAGCAAUGCUGUUCCUCCACAAUAUAUUCUACAGCCAAUCAGUUCUAUUCUUGUCAACUUUAACAACAAGGUAGGUUGAUAUCAUAGUAGCCAGAAAAGUUAAAAGGAAAAUUAUAGUAGUAUAGUAAGCUUCAAAUAAGAUUUAUACCAUGCCACUACAAAAGUUUAUACCAUGCCACUGCCUUAGUUAACAUACGAUAUAUUUAGGCAACUAAAAGUGCCAUGAAUGUAAUUAGUAAUACCUACAAUAAUAUCCUUCAGAGAAUCCCGAAGCUCCAAGAACAAGAUGCCAAGAGUUGGUGGGAAGUAGAAGCCAGAAUGCAGAAUCUCCUCCGUAAAGGAGCCAAGACGUGCUUUGACAAGAACCUCUUCACGGCCGAUCAGAUGCACAACUACUACAUGUCAGUCACGGAGCGAGAAGUCAUCAACGGAAUUCUGAACGCCGAGAACGUGAACGAACAUUGUCUUUGUUAUGUCAGAGUAAUCAAGAACAUCAACUUGAAUCAAGCUGGCACAGCUUCCAAGUUCGUAGACCUUCAACACAAACAGAUCAACCAAGAAGCCCAGAGUCUUCUGGAGAACCUGCGUGACGUUCGUGUCCCUGCCGUGCUCCGACCUCAAAACAUUCGAAAGAGUUGUGUGGAAUGGGCGGGCAGGGAAGGCAUGGACCCGAGAGUUCAUGCGGACUACUUGAAGGAGUUCCUCAGCGACUUCUACACCAGUAUAACAUCGAUGGUAGAUGCGGCGAUGAGGAAGCACGCCAUGUACAGGGACUUGUUCUUCGCCGAAGUACUACAACAUAUGUGGAACGGCAUCCAAGGGUCUAAUAUCUUUGGAAGGGAAAUUGAGCUAGAAGCAGCAAGAACAUACUUUACUUCCACCGCCAACAACAUACCAUUGGUUUACUUUGGCGAACAUGGCUGUGGCAAGACCUCAAUCAUGGCCAAAGUGGCAACAGAAGCAAGAAAAUGGCUGACAGCUCCGGAUUCUGAAUCUGUUCCGAUUAUUAUCCUCAGAUUCUUGGGCACCAGUCCAGACUCUUCCAGUAUUGGACCUUUACUAUGUAGUGUAUGUGAACAGAUUGCCUACAACUACAACCCAGCUCUACGAAAAACGGCACCGACAGAACUGUCGAAACUAUUCCAACAUUUUAAAAGGAUGACAACUUUGGCGACAAAAGAAAAACCGAUGAUCAUCAUCCUCGAUUCUCUGGAUUUGUUAUCUAAAAUGGACGGAACUGAUGAGCUACUGUGGUUUCCGCCAACAUUACCACCAUUUGUCAAACUGGUAGUUUCUUUUAGUUCUGGUACUGGAAUCGAAAUGACAAUGAGAAGAUUGGUGGAAAAGGAAGAACAAUAUAUUCUAGUACCACCUUUAGGGCCUCAGUUAGGUAGAGCCAUACUAGAAAUAGUGACAACACUAUUAUUUUAUAGGCAACGUUAUUUAUAAAUACUUAUAAUAAUAAUGUCAUUCUAUUGGUCCUAGCAAAAUGUAAAAUUAAAAGCAUAGUACUAAAGCAUAUUUUAGGAAAGCACGUAACCGAGAAAUGGCUAGAAAAGAUCGGCCGAACCUUAACACAGCGACAAUGGGAGAUUGUCAGCAAAGCCUUAUCUCACUGUACUCUGCCACUGUUCUUGAAAUUAGUCUAUGUUACAGUAGCACGGUAAGACAUACAGUAGCCUUGCAGAAGAGCAUAAGAAUUACGGUAUCUUUACAGUAAUACAUAACUAGAAAAGCUACAGUAUCCAUUUGAAACACGAUUUUACAGUAGCUCGCUUAUUACAUUAAUUAUAACACGCCAUCAUAGCACCCCUCAAACAGUACUAUAGUUUUGGGCUAAAAAAGCUAAUAAAUAACGUAAUAAAAAUUGAAAUUUCAGAUGGAAAUCCUACUCCAAACCCCAAGAUGUCGUACUAUUCAAAAGUGUCCAACAAAGCAUCCACGCUUUGUUCGAUCGUACUGAAUCUCAACACGGGAAACUCUUAGUAUCACAUGCUUUGUCCUACAUUACCGCAGCAAAGUCGGGUAUUUCGGAUUCUGAACUUGAAGACUUAGUAAGAUAACACGUAUAUAAAGUAGUUCAAAAUAUAAAACAAAAUUGAUAUAAGACAACAUCUAAAGAUAAAAAGUAUUAUACUACAUAAUUUUAGAUUUCAUUAGAUGACAAAGUAUUAGACGACAUCUAUCAGUAUCAUUUGCCUCCCGUACGGAGAAUUCCGCCGUUGUUAUGGAGUAGAAUCCGCGCUGAUUUACCCGGUUAUCUAAGCGAACGUGCGGCUGAUGGAGUGAUUGUUUUAAAUUGGUAUGAUUACAGCCGUGUAAUUACUAUAUACUUACGUUUUUGACGCUACUCACCACAACCAGUCCAAAAAUACAAAUUUCCAAACUACAACUACACUCCCAUCCCCAAAACUCUUGGGCACUUUACCUCUAUACCCUACUUUCAGGUACCACGAACAAUUCCGAACAGCCGCCAAUGAACGUUACUUUAAGAACCUUAACCAUCUCCAGAAUACCCAUUCAGCUAUCGCUGAUUACUUUCUGGGCAUCUGGGGAGGGGUUCCAAAGCCGUACCAGUACACUGAUCUACAGAAACAACGGUUUGGUGUAGUGGAAAAUGAAGGAUUAGCUGACAGAAAAGUCCCAAAACAACCAAACAUCUUCAAAAACAAGGAGGGCGACAAAGUAAGUCAAAUAAAAGCACUUGUAGCUUUAAAAAAAUCGUUUUAACUGAUGUUACACAUUACACAAGAUACAACACUGGCAAAAAAAGAGUUUUAGAUACCUAAUCUCAGAAUGAAUACAAUUUUAGAUACGUUACAAUUCUCGAAAACUAAACGAACUACCGUACCAUCUGUUAAGAUCAAGGAGAUUAAAGGAAUUGUUCUCGUUAUGUCUAUUCAACUUUGAAUUUCUUCAAGCAAAGGUAAGUAAAACAGCAGUUUGGUAACAAAAAUAAGCAAAAAGUCCGUGAGAGUAUUAAACACAAAAACACGAUAUAUCAUAUGCAAUAACAACUCUCAAUAAACCCACUGAACUCAUAAAUGUGAAAAAAUUACACUACCUACCUGAUUCCAGAUGUGCUGUUUCCCGUUGCAAAGUGUGAUUCUUGACUUUGAGGACGCAAUAGCAAAAUGUGAAGAUCCAGAAGCGAUACGGCAACUGACACUUGUGGUAGAUGGUCUCCGCUUAUCUGCAAGUCUGCUGAGGUAGGUUUUCCUGACCUAAAAGAAAGAGAUAUUCAAAAACAAAAAUAAUUUAACACGCAACGUCUUUAAAAGAAAGGUAACUAAAUGUAAAACAUCAUUAUUAUGCUUACCAUUUCAGUCGCUACCCAUGGAUGUUUGCCUUCGAAAUAAGCGGUCGAUUGUUGCCUCUAGUAGCUGAAAACAACGAAAUCAAAAAUCUUCUGAUCGGAUGUGAUAUCCAGAGCUUUGAUUUCAACUGUUUCAUGCCCGCCAAUCACUGUUUCCACUCUCCUGGAGGUCCUCUAAAGUAUUCCAUGGAAGAACAUCCGUUCGCUGUUUUCGGAAUGGGAUUAAGCAGUGAUCAAAGAAUGCUGGCAUCCGUAUCCAACCAACUAAUCGUAUGGGACGUGCACACGGGAGAUCUGACCAGAAUUAUCAACCCGAGCAUCGAAGGCAUCUUUUUAGGUAUGAACCUUUGAGAGAAGACUAAUAUUAUUUUAAAUAUGGACCUUCCAGAGAAAAGUUAUAUUGUUUUAGAUAUCAGUAUUCCGAAGAACGAUAACUUCUUUUUAGGUAUGGAUCUCUCAAGAGACGACAAAUAUGUGGUCGCCUUCUCCAACAACAACACCGUCUCCAUCAUGUCCCUGAUAACUGGUGAUCAUGUUAAUGUAGAGCCGGAUGGGAUGGAGAAUCAGAUGGAAGUGGGCAAAGUGGUCUUCACAGAUGACAAUCAGAUUCUGCUGUGGUCCACAACACAAUAUUACAUAUAUGAUGUAGAUGGGAAGCUGCUCCAUCGUGAACGAAUCGAUCCGCAAGUGGGAAAGAAGAACCUGAUCGAAGUCUUCUACAAGGACAAGAAGUCGGUCCGCUUCCUGACUUGGAGCGGUGAUAAAGACGACUGGAGUGUUACCAUAACUGGAAGAGAAGAGAAUAAACAACUUACUCCGUUCAAGUUCUCGGCUUCGUUGGCCUUCUUCGACUCCAGAUUCGUGACUGGAUUGAUGUGUGUGGAGGACGAGAACAACCCUCAAGGUAAUCAAACAUAAAACACAUUGCAACUAGCAAACAAUAAAAGAAUACACAAUAUUAUUUUUAAAUAGGUGACAAUAUUUAUUGUAUAAAAUUAGAUAUUAAUUAUUAAUUUUUCGAGACAAAAAUUUGUCGGACAAAAAUCUGUUCUUGUUUUCGUUGAAGGACCAAAUUAUUAACCACUUUCAUCAAAAAAACAAGAAUACGAAAGAAUUAAUUCAUAAACACCAGUUUUUACAAAUAUUUUUAGAACUAGAGCCCUUCUACAAGCUGGUAACCUUUGAAAUAGCCCAUGGAGAAGUUCGAGUCAAGAAGACGAUCGUGGAGAAGCUAGAAGAAAAGACGAACAUGUUAUUAUACUGGAAAGGAACCAAGAAGGCAGAUGGAGAACAAACCAAUUGGAUGAUUGCUGUCACAGUUGAAGGUUAUCUACUGUGCGAGAAUCUGUUACCUGAACGUAUGAUAACACUCACAUUACCUGGAGAUGUCCGUAAUAUUCCCAUAAAACCCAUGCACACAACGUCUUCUGUCGUUUUGUCUUGUAAUGAUGCCUUCUUCGUUUCUGGAGUUAGAAAAAACUUCUACAUCUUCAACAUAUCUACACAACAACUGGUACGAGUGGUAGAAGCUCACUUUGGACGGAUCCUGAGCCUACGAUCCUUGAACAACAACAACUACAACUUGUUAAUCUCUAGCUCGAUCGACCGGUCGAUCAAGAUCUGGAACAUGGAGAAUAUCUUCGAGAAGAGCUUCUCCGUGAUCAACAUGGAUCAAUCUGUGGAGAAGAUUAUGAUUCCUCAACAAAAACAAUAUCUGGCGUUGAUUCAGACCAGAAAGUACUUGAGCUUGUGGAACAUACGAACACACAACUUUAUAUGCCAGUUGGUGACUAAUCAGUUCGGGUCGAUGUUGACAGACUCUACUAUAACAUCAGAUGGGAAGCUGGUGGUGUGUAUCGAGUCGGAUCAGCUGUUGGUCUGGGAUCUGAAGACGCAGAGUGUUGUGUUGAGGAUGCCUGCUCAACAGAGUUAUCAGCUGAUGUCACUGUAUCACGAAAAGUGCAUUGGAGUGAUGUACAAGCAUUUGGAGACGAACGAACAGAAGAUAUGCAGAUUGGUGGUGUAUAGACUGCUCGAUCUAAGUGUGUCUUACAGUUACGAGUUCAAUUGUAAACAGUUUAGAGAGGCUGUGGUGUUGUCGGUGAGUUUUAUUAUUUUGGUCGAAAUUUAAUGUUUUUUCGGUCAAAAAGUACGUGGAAAAGUGGUUUUUGGUCAAAAAACAAGGUUAAAGAUCAAGUAAAAACAUAAUAAAUUUUAAAAUUUCAGGACAGCGUGUCAAUCGUACUGAUAGCCAACACAAAAGGUCACGACCAGAUUCAGGUGGUGAACAUAAUGGAGAGAGCGGUCAAGGUCAAGUUCCGGUGA